AUGAUUCCUAAUUCCCUUUGGAAGUCCAUGGAGCAACUGGUAGACGAGGGAUUGGUGAAAUCGAUCGGUUUGUCGAACUUCAACCGCCGUCAGAUUGAUGUGAUCAUGAAAGGAGCACGAAUAAAGCCGGUGAAUCUUCAAGUCGAAAUUCAUUGCAACUUCACAAACACGAAAUUGGUUGAGUAUGCACAGGCUCUUGGUUUGACUGUUACAGCGUAUGCUCCGUUGGGAUCGCCUGGUGCAUCUCCGUGA